UGAAAGAAACAGGCACACGGCCCAACCUUCACUCCUCACUUCCCGCAUCGUGUUCAUUCCCGACCUCCGCUGCAUCUGGCGGCUGCGCACACCCAAACCAAACCCUCGCUCGCCGGCGCAGAUGGUAGCUCACGCUCUCGCCACCCCACUCAUCUGAUCGGCCGCUCCUCGUCCCCACGUACGGCGAUGGCGCCGGGCUCCCAAAAGAAGGAGAAGGGCGUGGAGGAGGUCGACCCGACGGCGAGGCUCACCGACGACAUCCUCGUGGACAUCAUCUCGCGCGUGCCGUACAAGUCGACAUGCUGUUGCAAGUGCGUCUCCCCGCGGUGGCGCGACCUCAUAUCCCACCGCGACCACCGAGAGAAGAUGCCGCAGUCCAUCCUCGGCUUCUUCUACCAAGGUUACAACAAAUUCCGCUUCCCCAAGAAGGCUCGUUACUUUACCAAUCUGUCACGGCAACGCUAUCCUCUCGUAGACCCCUCGCUGUCAUUCCUGCCCAACCAUCACAGUCACAGCCUUGACAUCUUGGAUGGCUGCAAUGGCCUCCUUCUCUGCCGCUGCUGGAAGGCCACUGAUCCCAAGACAUUGGAUUAUGUGGUGUGCAAUCCGGACACUGAGGAAUGGUUGGUGGUGCCUGCCACUGAAUCCUCCAGCAAGGUCAGUGUUGCUCGCCUGGGGUUCGACCCGGCCGUUUCUUCCCACUUCCAUGUCUUCGAGUUCAUAGAUGAGGAGGCAUGGGGUAUAGACGAGGACGAGCGAAAUGAUUAUUGCUUUGGACGCAUUGAAACAUUGGCGAUUUAUUCGUCCAAAGAUGGAGCUUGGAAAUAUCAAACAGUUGAGUGUGAUCCAUUUGUGUUACCCAGGAAUUCAGUAAGCGCAUUUUUAAAUGGGAUCUUGCAUUUGGCUGACUUCCAUAAUUUUAUAGUAGCUGUUGACGUGGAAGGAGAUAAUUGGUGGUACAUUGGUAUUCCUAAGCUACCAUACAAUGAUGCUGAUAUCAAUGAUGUAUUUCCAUCACAGGGACAGUUGUAUUUUGCAAAUAGUACUACUGGUUCUGAACUAUCCGUAUGGGUUCUUGAGGACUACGUUACUAGAAAAUGGACUUUGAAGCAUAGUGUCAGCCUCUUGCAGUUGUUUGGAACAGAGUAUUAUUCGUAUGCGGAUGAUUAUCGUGUUAUUUCAAUCCACCCAGAACACAAUCUGAUUUUCAUAGUCGCUGGAGACAAGAAGAUUCUAAUGUCAUAUGAUAUGGAUUCUAUGCAGCUGUGUUUUAUACGUCAGCUUGGAUCUGAUUGUGGAGUUAAAUUGCUUGGUUACGGUGACAAUACUCCUUUUUAUCCACAUGUUCCCUUGUUCUCACUGUCAUUAGCAGAUGGGCACUAAAUCUCUUUCUUGUGUACUGCAGCUUCAAAAUUGUCCAUCUUUCUAAUGAUAUUGUAGUUGGGUCUUGAAUUCGGGCAGCAGUGACUUGGGGUAGAUGUUUAUGAUGUUGUGAUAGUUUUUGUUGGUGUUUGAGUAGGCUCAUGUCCUGACUACUGCAGUUAACUUUGUGACUGAGCUUGUGCUUGUGUACUUGUAUAUAUUCAUGGCAGUUAGCAGCCCUUGCAAUUGUAUCACCCUGCUACUUUUAUUAUGGAUAUUAUGAUCGUUCUGCUGAA